AUCCCCACAAUCUAUGACUGUGAGUCACAGUGACGUGUACUGGAUGAGGGGUUGGAAGGAGCGAUAAUAGACCAUUGGCCCCUUGUUGAUAUUUAGGGCCAAACUCCUCCCUACAGAAUAAAACAGUCCACAACACAUUAACUAUCAAUUGCAGCCUAUCCAUUGAACUUAGUACAUAGUGCAGAACAUAGCUACAUUUUCAACAAGCCUUACUAGCCAGGGAACCAUUAUCAAUUCCAGGUCUCACAAACUUAAUUGGCCGUCACACAGUGUGGAGGAGUCCUCUUUGCAGAAUGAGCAGCAUGUCUCAGGAGAUCUUGGCCUUUUUAUUAAGCACUUCGGGAUGGGUGCUGGUGUCUUCCACCUUGCCGAUGGAAUACUGGGAGGUAUCUUCAAAUGAUGGAACAGUCAUCACCACAGCUACAUUCUAUUCUAAUCUUUGGAAGACCUGUGUCAUUGAUUCAACUGGAGUCUCUAACUGCAAAGACUUUCCCUCGUUGCUUGCAUUGAAUGGCUACAUUCAAGCAUGCAGGGGAUUGAUGAUUGCAGCCGUCUGUCUGGGUUUUUUUGGUUCUAUAUUUGCCCUUGUUGGAAUGAAAUGCACCAAACUUGGAGGAACUGACAAAAACAAAGCCAGUAUUGCCUGCUUUGCAGGUGUAAUUUUCCUUCUUAGUGGCCUCUGCUCACUUUCAUCAUGCUCCCUCUAUGCACACCGGAUAACAACAGAGUUUUUUGACCCAAUGUUUUAUGACCAGAAGUAUGAACUGGGAGCUGCGCUUUUUAUCGGCUGGGCAGGUUCUAUCCUCUGUAUCCUCGGAGGCAGCGUGCUCUGCUUCUCCAUUACAGGUUCUUUUACCAAAAGCCACAGUCGAGCAAACUAUAUCUACAAAGGUGCUGUCUCACAUUCUCAUAUCUCCUCCCGCCCAAGAGGGCAGGCACAGUCUGUAAACCAGAGGCCACCUCCUGACUGCAGCAACUCCUCCAGGAUUCAGCACUUUGAUAAGAAUGUGUAUGUGUGAGGUAUGUGAAUAUAAAACACUAUUAGCCAAAGCCACUGGUGAGUCUUAAAAGAUACAGCACACUGUAUGAAAGUUGGUGGUUUUGUCUAACAGGAGCAGCAUUUCCUGAUAUUAAUCCGUGGCUCACCAAGAAUCUAGUUUGGAAUAUUUAAAUGUUUUUUUUUUUUUCCAGGGAUUUGAAUUUAAAGUUGUGUGAUGCAGUUUACUCUCUAAUGUUGGGGGAUUUCUAUUUUCUAUACAGCAGACAACUUCUGUAUUUGGCAGUUCUACAUAUUACUGUGCACUGAAUGCUCAGAUUAUGUAUGUAUUAUGAUUAAACAGCUCAAUCAAAAACAUUUUGUCCAAAAUGGGCCUUUCUGAUCUCAUUUUUACAUAAUUGUCCUUUUUUUUAAUGUAUGUGGCAAUUAAGUGUGUAAUAUUUUGUAAGACAUUUCCUUUGUUGAUUGAAUAUUUAACUGUAACUAACCUGUACAUGUUGUUAAUCUGUGAUGACAAUAUUUCAAACUUUCAAACACAGAUUCUUUUGUUUUCCAUGGCAUAACCAUUAAUUAUGAUUUUGUAGUAAGCUAACUUCAAGAAGAUCAGAAAAGGACUGCAUCUUAUCAUUGUCUGAUUGACAUGUGUGGUGAAUGAUGAGAAGGCUCUGUUAUUUAGAAGAGUGUACGGUAUGAGUAGA